UACGAUAACUUUGUUUGUAACAUUUGUGAUAGGUUAUGUUCGAAUAAUGCUGAUAGUGUUGCAUUUCAUUUAACAACUUUCGCAGAAAUUUACUUAUUACUUGACAUUAGGGCAAUUCUCAGGACAUUUACAUCAAACCAAGAUGUCAGCAACAGAAAAAAAAGCCAAUGAUGAAACUCAGAAGCAAAUCUUUGAUAAAAUUGCGAAUUCGGACAAUGCCGAAUUGAAACUACUUUUAGCGCAAAUGAAGGGCUCUGUAGAUUUUACCGAUGAAAAUGGUAUGAGUCCUUUGCAACAUGCGGCAUAUAAGGGAAAUUUAGAAGUUGUUAAAACCCUCAUUGACCAAGGCGCUGAUGUUAACCAUUGCGAGCAUUCCAGUAAUUAUACAGCUCUUCAUUUUGCUGCAUUAUCUGGUAAUGCAGAGGUUUGCCAAGUUCUCUUACUAUCUGGAGCAAAAAUAUCCACUGUAAAUUCUGUUGGAAGAACUGCUUCCCAGAUGGCUGCUUUCGUGAACAAUCAUAAUUGCGUUGCUGUAAUUAAUAAUUUCAUUCCCAAAUCGGAUAUAAUGUAUUACACAACUGCUCAAGGUCUACAAACGGAACCUACAUUAUUACCUAUAUUGGCCGAUCCAUUGCACAAGUUUGUAAUGUCUGUAAAUUUACAUCCUGUGUACCUAGUACAGUCUCUGCAAAAGCAUGCAGGUCUUAUGGAACAUCUAAAUUCUGUACGAAAGACAAUAGAAAUGCUUUCGGAAAAAGAAAUGAAGAAGGGAGGCGAAUGUAAUGAAAUGAUGGCUUUGAAAUUUCAUUAUUUGGGUUGUAUUGUACAAGAAGUUCAAAAAAUGUUAGAUAGGCAAUCCAAAACUCCAGAGAAAAAGGCAUCAGAUAUUGUUGAGUUAAUGGCAAAAAAAUUAUUGAAAACGAAUAAAGAGGGAAUCCCAGAAUUCCAAGAAAACUUUAUUAGAGAAUGUGUAAGAGAAUUUCCAAAUAGAGAAUGUGCUACGUUUCGACAGGUUGUUAUGACAUUAGCCGGCCAAGAAUCUCCUCCAGCUUUAACAGUGUUAUCUGGUGCCAUAAAUGGACAUAGCGCAUUUAAUGAUGAAGUAACUACAUGUUUCACUUGUGGAUUGCAGAAACCAGCAAAAAAGUGUUCAAAAUGUCGUGCUGUUCAGUAUUGUGAUCGUGAAUGUCAACGAUUACAUUGGUUCAUGCAUAAGAAGGCUUGUGCUAGGUUGGCACAAAUGCCAGCUUCGAACACAACUGAUAAAUCUAAUGUUGACACUGUUGAAAUUACACAGCAUCUAAAAAAUUUAAUGUCAACAUAAGCUUCUACAUACA